GGGGUCCCUGUCUCGGAAUGCAGACUCUUUCUCCUUUAAGCACGAGUUGAGACGGCCCGGUGGGAGUGGUCUAGGGCUGGUGAAGGAAGAAGGAAGAGUAAGAGGAAGUGAAUGAAAAGGCGCUUCUACUGUAGCCAUUUAGGACUGCCUCUGCUCCCCUGCGGCUCUUAAUUCCUUUUCCCCCGGGAUUUUGACGGCUCAAGCAGCUGCUAUCCUGACAUCUGAGAGGCUACACUGAAGGUUCCACUGAGACACGGUUUUCCAGAAGUGACUCUACGAUGGAUCAGCAUGGUACCUGGAACAUGGACAAUCGACAGACCAGCUUGCUGCUGUACAACUUUCUGCAAUGUUCCAGUAACACCCUUUUCCAAGCGGAGCUGAAGGAGCUGGGCAGUGAGCUGACCAGAGAGGUCUGCCAGGAUGGUCAUUUGGAGGACGACUAUGAGCUGCAGACAGAUGGCAAUCGGUGCUAUUUUGAGGGUUCCAGAGCAGAGGGGUUAGAUUCAGAAAGGCAAGAGGAGAUUAUCCGGCAAAUAGCAGUACAGCUUGCUCAGAUUGGGGACAAGAUGGAAAAUAGCAUCCAGCCCAACUUGGUGAAUGACCUGAUCCAGCAGCUCAGGAAUGUGAAUCUGCCAGCUGAGGACAAGAGAAGAUUCCUGGCUGCUACUAUGGAAAAAGUUAUGCAGAUGCAGACAGUUUCUCUGGACCUUGGGCAAGAGAAAGCUACACUAUUGCUAACAAUGCUGUUGGCUAAAAAAGUUAUGACCCAUGCCCCAUACUUGUUCCGAAGCAUCUUUUACAUCACUGUAGAUUACAUUAACCAGAACCUCCUUACAAGGAACUUAACCAGACAUGAUGUGAACUGAAAGGAUUACCUUGCAAAGGCCAUUUAUCCUAACAUUUGGACUAUUUAAAACCUGCUUUUGGGAAAGCAGUCCAGUGUCUGAUGGAAGAGAAAAAGAGAAAAUAUUUUUAGAUGCUAUGUUUUAAGAAUAAAGACAUGAUAAACAUA